AUGCAUUACACUUCUGCCCUCGCGGCCAUUGCAGCCGUGACACCUCUUGUCAGCGCCCAUGGAACUGGCCUCCCAAACAUCAUCGGAUUGAACCCCAAGGACCUCAGGGCGAGGCAUCUCCUUUCACGCACUGGAGCAAAGCUCAUGGGAGUCGACGAGCUUAUGAAGCCCAAGGUUGCCUCAAAGGUCCCUGUUCAGGCUCGCCAGGAUGACCGCCAGUGCGGACAGGGUAUUGGAUCUUGCCCUGCCGGCCAGUGCUGCUCCUCCGGAGGCUACUGCGGAACCACCGACGACUACUGCUACUCCCCUGGAUGCCUCUACCAGUUUGGUCCGGGCUGCCCCGAGAACAAGACCCCAGCUGGAACCAACACCUCUACUAUUGCUCGUCCUAAGCUUGGAAAUGUCGAGUACGGUGGAAACGGCAUCUACAGCUGCUCAACCCCUGGUACCGUCGCGAUUACCUACGAUGACGGCCCACAAAAGCAGUUCACUAACCACAUCCUUGAUGUCAUGGACUCGUACAACGCCAAGGCUACCUUCUUCAUCACCGGCAACAACAUCAACAAGGGUCAAAUCGAUAUCACUCCCGAGUUUGUCACUGUUCUCAAGCGCAUGGAUGCAGCCGGCCACCAGCUUGCGUCCCACACAUGGACCCAUUUGGACCUCAGUGCCAUCUCCAAGCAGGACCGUUACAACCAAAUGAUCAAGAACGAGAUGGCUCUCCGCAACAUUGUUGGAAAGAUCCCCACCUACAUGCGUCCUCCCUACUCCAGCUGCACUGCUGAGUCUGGUUGCGAGCAGGACUUGGCUGAUCUUGGUUACCACGUCACCUACUUCGAUUUGGACACUGAUGAUUACGAGCACGACGCCCCUAACCUGAUUCAGUACUCCAAGGACGUCUUCAUGGGCAACGUUACCAAGGGAAAGGCUGCCAGCACCCAAUGGCUCGAGAUUGGCCACGACAUCCACGAGCAGACUGCUUACAACCUGACCGAGUACAUGCUUUCGACCCUUACCCAGCUUGGAUACAAGGCCGUUACCGUUGGAGACUGCCUUGGCGACCCUGCUGCCAACUGGUACCGUACUGCAGGUGGUGCCGGUACUGCCCCGCCCGUUACCCAACCUAGCUCUGCCGCAGCCCCCGCCCCCACCGGAGCAGUCAAGGUCAGCACUGACGCUACCUGUGGUGGAAAGACCGGUUUCACCUGCCUCGGAUCUACCUUCGGCAACUGCUGCAGUGUCAACGGCUGGUGUGGCUCCACCGCCGACUACUGUGGAACUGGUUGCCAGUCUGGCUUCGGUAACUGCGGUAGCAACGGUGCCGCCCCUACCAAGCCAGCUGCCACCUCUAGCAAGGCGCCCGUUGCCACUGCCGCAGGCAAGGUCACCACCGACGGAUCCUGCGGCGGUACCGCCAAGCUAACCUGCGCCGGAAGCACCUUCGGAAACUGUUGCUCGCAGUACAGCUACUGCGGUACUGGCGCUGCAUACUGCGGCACUGGGUGCCAGAAGGCUUUCGGCAAAUGCACUUAAGCAUUCUGUGUGUCACUAAUUCCUCAUUUCUAUCAUCAUGGCCCCCACCGGGAAAAACGGGAAACGCGUGUAUAGUCCCUUGGAUAUAGGGAAAAGAGCAUCAGGAGGUUCAAAACUGUGGUGUUUGGGUGUAUUUACUAUUGUGCAGCACUGAAGCAGUGUUUGUUUUGCAUACCUUAUAUCACUUGUGUAGACGAGAAAGUCUAGUAGUUGUGCUUUAUAACAACGCCGACGUAGACAAUUACAUUUUUUUUUCUUGA